CUCAUAUACUUAGUAUUCUUAUCCAACCUUCCCCGCAGUCACCCUGUUAUCCCAGGCUUCCACUCCCUCUUGGACUGCAUUAGUGCACGCUCCACACCAUCACUCCGUCGACCAUGCCCCGCAAAGAGUUCCAGAGGGACCUCAUUCAAGCUUCAGUGCCAGGGCGAUUUCCCCACCUGAAAGGUGUAAGAGCGGGGGAAGAGCAUGGCUUGGUCCUGUUUACCUACACGGCACCCUUCAGCGCUCAGACGAUUGAUUUUCAGACAUCGGUAUUAGACACUAAUGACUAUCCCGGUGAUCAUACAUACUUUACAUUCGCAGCGAGCGAUAACAUUCCCGAUGAUGUGUCCAAGGCUAUUGAACGUUUGCAACCCACUUUUGCCGGGUUAGCGAUUGAGCCUUUUCUGGAAUGUAUCAGCGACUGCAUAGAUGAUGCUUUGCUUGGGAUAGACUCUGCGUUGGAUCCUCUUCAUGAGGGUGACUCUGAAAGUGAUAUUUUCUCUGGUGAUGAUAUGGACUUCGAUAUUGACUCUACCGCCCAAUUUACGCCGUCGAUAGACAAGGCCGAGGUGAUGAAGCAAAUACGCUCAGACAUGAGUGCUGUAAAAAAGGCCGGUUAUCGAGUUGGCUUCCUCGGGGAACUAACUGGAUCUCUCAUCGUCUCGAUCUCCUGUCGAAUAGCGAAGCUUGGUAUUUCCAAAGUCGCCAUGCAGGCUUGGAAUGUCCGUCCAUCGCAGUAUCUGGUUUUGCUUCUGCGAUAUCCCUUUGGUUACUGCAACCUCGACAAGGCAAUUUCCAGGUCCAUGCCGAAGACAUCAUUAAUUCAGAUGAACGUUGGUCUUUGCAAUUCCUACAAGCCUAGCUUGUCCUCUGCUACGCAAGCUUUCGUUGCGACAGAGACCGAAAUCCCAGAAAAUACCAAGAAGGCGGGUCCAGAUAUGCAGUCGUUCUUCAUUGGCGACUCAUUGCAUACGCUUCUCAAUACACACUUGAUAAACUUAGUACGGCAUCGUAUCCAUCAUUGUUUCACGUGGACCGGUGCCGAACUUUACUUGAAGAAUAGCCAAGGCAGGCUCCCAGAUUCUGAAGAGGUGGCACGCGAAGUGUACUUCGUUCCAGAAGCUUGGAACGAUACGACUCCACAGUUCCUGCGAGCAGAUCAUAUCUCUGAAGAAAAGCCUCCACUAUCCCUUCCUCUGAUUGCAAUACAAUUCACCCUUCGGAGGUUUGUUAAGUGCACCGAGUUCUGCCUCAAUUGUUAUUGCAAGGUCGAUGAAGGCUUCGAGGCACUUAUGCCCUAUGUUUGCUCAAACAGCUUGUGUCUGUACCAGUACAUGAGGCUUGGUAUGGGGCCUAGUCUGGAGUGGGAGAUAAUAUCCCAGCCUUUUGUCGUGGAUAUGCUUGUCAGUUUUACCUAUGCUCGAGCAAUGACUGGCUACCUGGAAAACUUACCCACGGGUCUUGGAAUGAAUGUCCCUACAUAUUAUCGCGAUGAAAACGACCAAAUGAUUUACCAUGGACGGCUCAACAAAACUACAAUGCAGAUUGACGUCCAUGAUACGCUGGAUUUGAGACCGGGUGAUUGGAUUGCGAUUGUACCCUCCGGUGCACAUAUUCGCUAUGGAAGGCCUCAGUGGCACUGUCGCGUGCAGGACGCCAAUUUCCCCCCUUUUAUUCAGCUUUCACGUCCAGUUAGUAGAGAAAUACCGGCUGAACAUGGUAAUAAUUUCAAAGAGAGCAACAUGGUACAAUUUGUGACAUACAAAGGAUGCUUCGACGAUUUGCCUGACAGUACAAAAUGCGAUGCGAUAGUGAUGCUUCUAGAUACGCUUCCCGACGUUAACUCAAUGCGGUCAUUUAUUUUGAGCCACCCUAGCGGCAAUUUCAAAAGGAUGUUGGCUUCGUGGAGCGAUAGAAUAUCUCCAGCUGCUCUUUAUGUUCUUAGAUGGAUUGUUGCAUCAAACCGAUCGUGUAUCAGGUACGAGGACGAUCCUGAACACCAAAUCCCGGACUUGAAAGGAUAUGCCCAGUUCAGGCUCGCGCAAGGUGCACCUGAUAAGGAGCAGCGUUUUGUCAGCGCAGUUAAGUCACUUUCUUCCUCCCAUAACGCAGAGUACCCAACGCUAUUUGCUUGGCAUGGAAGCCCAGUAUACAACUGGCAUAGCAUUCUACGCGAAGGACUCCAUUUCAAAACGAUCGCGAAUGGUCGUAGUUCGGGACACGGAGUUUAUAUGUCGCCACGAUUUCAACAUUCAUUGGAAUAUGCCCAUCAGGUGGCUACACCUUGGCGCAAUAGCAUCCUGAAGAUCGACAGAGCCCUGUCGCUGAAUGAAGUAGUCAAUGUCCCCGAGCAAUUCGUGCACAACAGCAGCUACUAUGUGGUAGACAGACUGGAUUGGAUUCAACCCAGGUAUCUCAUCAUUGGGCAUAGGAGUACUUCUCUGAAGACGGACAGCGUGGGACUAGAACCAUCAAUUACCUAUACUCAGCACCCUGAGUAUGAGGCCUGUGGCCCCAAUGAUCAAGCUCUGAUGCUCCCUAUUUCUGCUGUUAGCAGUCAUUGGAGUCAGAAGUAUGCCGAAGAAACAACAGGAAGUACACGUGAAGGCCAGCUUUCACAUGAUGUGGUGCUAGUCUCCGAUGAUGACCACGACAGUGUCCUUACAGUGGCUGAUGAUCACUGGCUGCUCGACGCAGACACUAUAACUAGCACCGAUACUCACGAGGCCGCGAAUGAGGCCAACUAUGAUCUGUCCAAAACUGACUUUCGACCCGGAAGUCUGGAGGAGUCUGCUCUUCAGCUACUUGGCCCACCGAAGUAUGCCACAAUGGUAGCGACCAAGUCUCUGCAGAGGCAUCUUCAGGCCACAUUGAAAGUGCAAGAACGGGAGCCCUUGCAUGCACUCGGCUGGUAUAUUGAUCCAAGUCUCGUGAACAACGUUUAUCAGUGGAUUGUGCAGCUACACAGCUUCGAACCGUCCCUGCCGCUGGCCAAGGAUCUGAAGGCGGCGGGUUUGACAGCCAUUGUCAUGGAGUUGCGGUUUCCACCUCAGUUCCCAAUGUCACCCCCCUUUGUGCGCAUUAUUCGCCCGCGAUUUCUACCGUUUAGCCAGGGAGGUGGGGGCCAUGUUACGGCUGGGGGGGCGAUGUGCAUGGAGCUGCUGACCAGCUCAGGCUGGUCCCCUGUAUCCAGCAUUGAAAGUGUCUUGCUGCAGGUCCGCAUGGCUCUGACCAGCAGAGAUCCAGUACCGGCUCGCCUCGACCAACGGAGUACUCAGGAUUAUUCUGUUGGCGAAGCUGUGGCUGCAUAUACGAGAGUUUGUCAAUUGCAUGGGUGGGACGUUCCUGACGACCUCGGGCAAGUCUCAUGGUAAGUGUAAUGGGCUUGUGCGAGAUAUUUUACAGUGUUACGUGCAAAUCGCCU